AUGUCCCUCGCCCGCGCCUCGGCGCACCUCUUCCGCGGCGCCACUGCCGCCGCCCGGCCACUCGGCGCCGGCGCCGCGUUGCUGGCGCCGCCGCUGGUGGCCGCCGCGCGCGCCUUCUCCGUCUCGGCCCUGGCGGCGACGUGGGGCGGCGGCAAGCAGAAGACACACUCGGGCGCCUCGAAGCGCUUCCGCGCCGUCGGCAAGCAGCGCACGCCCACACGCACGCGCUACAUGCCCCUCUUCUCGCCCGACGCGCAGCUCGUGCCCGGCAUGGCGCCCAUCAUGCUGCCCAGCGUCGGCUCGCGCGUCGUGGGCCCCAUGUUCAAGCGGGGCCUCGCCGGCAAGCAGCAUCUCAACCAGCACAUGCACGGCGCUCAGAAGGGCCGCCUGCGCGGCACCGCCGUGCACCGCUCGGGCAAGCACGUCAAGAUGCUCCGACGGCUGCUCGGCCCGCGGUUGUGA